GGAUGCCUCUUAAGUGAUAUUUUUGCAGCAGUGUUUACAACAAGGGAGAAGGUUGGGUCAUGCUGGCCACCCCUCAAGAUGGGGCAAACAAGUCUUCGGGGUCAGUCGGAAGAUGAAGCAUUUCCUGCGACAAGUCUGGCACCGGCGUCCCUACAUCUGCGCACUAUCAACUUGGAAGAGCCAGAUCUGCUUAACACGAGCGAACUCCUCAGCCACAGCGGAGCUUAAGUCCCGCCUGUACCCUCCCAAGCAUCUGAAGCCCCGGCAUCCUGCUCUUCCUCCUUGUGUCCAUGUCAUAGUCCGUCUCCAGGUCGGUCUCUUCAGAAGAGGACGCAGACUGCAGUGGUGUGGGUUCCGGCACAGGUAUGGGGCUGGGCCGGUUCAACCAUCAUUGGAGGCGGUCCUACCACUACUGGAGAGAGAAGCAAACCAGCGUGUCCUAACAAGCCCAAACCUGCGGCAGGAAACUGGCUAUUCUAGCACUGGAAGACGCUAACUGUCGCUGCACCUUCCACGGAGGAAUGAACCCUGCCUCGCAUCAGCUGCCCUGAGAACGUGUUGCCAUCCAGGGAGGGAGGUCACCGCCUCGCCGCAGCAUCCACAGAAUUAUUGGACCCUGCCCCGGUUCAUUUAAUUUAACCUAACCUAGCCAAUACAUGUUGCCAAUCACUCUUGUAAUGUUAUUAUUCAUUCCUUCUAUCUAAUGUGAAUGUACCCAUGUAUAUAAUGUUAUUAUUCCUUCCAUCUUCUGUGAUAUACCUACACAAAUGAUGUUGGUAUUUGAUUUAUAAUAAAUCAUGAUUAAGAAAACUGAUA